AUGAAGACCCAGAACGAGCCUAUCGCCAUCAUUGGCACCGGCUGUCGCUUUCCCGGAAGCUGCGACACUCCUUCCAAGCUAUGGGAGCUAUUGGAAAACCCUCGAGACUUGUUGAAGGAAAUUCCAGACGAUCGAUUCAGCGCCGACGGCUUCUAUCACCCCCAAAACUCCCAUCAUGGAACCAGCAACGUACGACAUUCGUACCUGCUGGACGAGGACUUGCGCACCUUUGACGCCCAGUUCUUUGGAAUCAAGGCUAUUGAGGCAAGCUCGAUUGAUCCACAGCAGCGUCUGCUCAUGGAAACUGUGUAUGAGGCACUGGAGUCGGCUGGGCUGUCUGUAAAACGACUGCAAGGUUCCGACACGGCCGUCUAUGUUGGCGUGAUGAGCGCCGACUUUACCGAGAUGCUGGCGCGUGAUAUUGAGAAAUACCCCACGUAUUUUGCUACAGGCACAGCACGCAGCAUUCUUAGCAACCGCCUGUCUUAUUUCUUCGACUGGCACGGCCCGUCCAUGACAAUCGACACAGCUUGCUCAUCGAGCUUGAUUGCUCUGCACCAAGCUGUGCAGGUCCUUCGUUCAGGACAAUCCAGAGUUGCCGUGGCUGCCGGGUCGAACCUCAUUCUGGGCCCAGAGCAGUACAUCGCAGAGAGUAAACUCCAGAUGCUCUCCCCAGCGGGACGAAGCCGCAUGUGGGAUGCGGAAGCUGACGGCUAUGCCCGUGGGGAGGGUAUCGCCGCUGUCGUUCUCAAGACUCUCAGCCAGGCUCUAGCCGAUGGCGAUGACAUCGAGAGCAUCAUCCGCGAAACUGGCAUUAAUCAAGACGGAAAAACUCCCGGUAUCACCAUGCCUAGCUCCAAAGCACAAGCAUCUUUGAUUAGAUCUACCUAUGCCAGGGCAGGUCUUGACUUGAGCAAAGCAAGCGAUCGACCACAGUUCUUUGAGGCUCAUGGUACUGGCACUCCGGCCGGGGACCCCAUUGAAGCCGCGGCAAUCAGCGACGCUUUCUUCGGCGACGACGUAAAGUCCAAGUCUACAAACACGCACGACACUCUUUUUGUUGGCUCUAUCAAGACAGUCAUUGGUCACACUGAAGGCACAGCCGGUCUGGCGGCCAUUAUCAAGGCUUCGCAAGCGCUACAAUCAGGCACUCUUCCACCGAAUCGUCUUUUCAACCGCCUGAACCCCAAGAUUGAGCCCUACUACUCAAACCUGAAAAUCCUGACCGCGGCCCAACCGUGGCCGAAACUGCCAGAAGACGGCACGCGCAGAGUCAGUGUCAACAGUUUCGGUUUCGGAGGCGCGAAUGCCCACGCCAUCGUCGAAAGUGCGGACGCAUACGUAGCCAAAAAGACAUUGGUGCCAAGCCCCCGCUCAUUUGCCCCCUGUCUCCUGUCAGCUGCUUCAGACACUGUCCUUACUUCCAUGAUCGAGCGCCUCAAGGGCUUUUUGAAGAACCAAAAAUCCACCAGCAGUACCGGGAUCAACAUGCGCGAUCUGGCAUGGACGCUGUGUAACCGUCGUUCAACCUGGGGGUCCCGCACUGUCGUGCCCGCAGCCAAAGAUACGCAAGAUCUCAUCGACAAGUUGGACGCUUCAAUUCAGUCCCCCGCUGUCUCUUCCACCAACAAGUCUUCCGAUACCGGCAUUCGGGUAUUUGGCGUGUUCACCGGCCAGGGUGCGCAGUGGCCGCGGAUGGCGGCUGAGUUGAUUGAGGACUCUCCCUCCGUUACGAACAUUAUCAAACGCCUCGAUCAGAGCCUGCAAUCGCUGCCACCGCGCGACCGACCGUCAUGGACCCUGCGCGAUCAACUGCUAGCUCCAAAAGAAUCCUCCAUGGUGGCCAACUCAUCUCUGGCGCAACCGCUUUGCACGGCCGUCCAGAUCAUACUUGUUGAUCUAUUGAGAGUUGCCGGAAUACAAUUCUCUGCGGUGGUUGGUCAUUCUUCGGGAGAGAUUGGCGCAGCAUACGCCGCCGGCUAUCUUUCCGCGACUGAUGCAGUCCGGAUCGCCUACUACCGAGGUCUCCACCUCCAGUUGGUGACUACGAAAGGAGCCAUGAUAGCUGCGGGGACGACGUUUGAGGAUGCUCAAGAGCUUUGCUCACUGCCUGCCUUCGAGGGGCGAGCAUGUGUGGCUGCGAGUAACUCUCCAGCCAGCGUCACGUUGUCAGGUGACGCCGAUGCCAUCGAGGAGAUCCAGAUCGUCCUCGAAGAUGAGAAGAAGUUCAAUCGCCUUCUCAAGGUGGACCGUGCUUAUCACUCUCAUCACAUGAAGGUCGUGGCCGAGCCAUACAAGCGGUCGCUAGAGGAGUGCGGGAUCAACAUCUUGCGUCCCACUAGCGGAUGUCGCUGGGUGUCUUCCGUUUUCACGUGCGAGAUCUCCGAAAUCCCUUCACAUGUGAGCCUUGGCAGUUCGUACUGGGCUUCCAACCUUGUUGAAUCAGUUAGGUUUGCUGAGGCCUUGGAGGUGCUUUACUUGGGCAACACAAUGGACGGAAUGUUCAAUCUCGGAAUUGAGGUCGGACCCCAUCCCGCACUUCAGGGACCUGUCAAGCAGACUGUGCAAGAAUACACUGGGGAGUCACCGUUGGCUUACACGGGACUAUUGGAGCGUGGGAAGAACGGCACCGAAAGCGUCUCCAAGAGCCUUGGUUACAUCUGGCAGACGUUUGGAGAGGGUGUCGUUGAUUUCAGCGCAUAUGAAACCUUCUGUUCCGGUGAACUGGUUGACAAACCGAACUUCGCCGUCACAAAGGGCCUUCCCACCUAUCCUUGGGACCACAGUCGGACACUUUGGCAAGAGUCUCGGCUCUCAAAGGCUUUCAGGACGAAUAAGAACCGCUCACACGAGCUUCUAGGCCGCCAGAUUCUGGACGGCGUACCGGGCCGCAUGCGAUGGCGCAAUAUCAUCAAGCGCAGCGAAAUUGAGUGGCUCGAGGGUCAUCAAGUCCAGAGUCAGAUCGUGUUCCCCGCGGCUGCGUACGUUUCGGCUUGUAUCGAAGCCUGUAUGCGUGCGUUCUCCGAAGAUGGCUCUGUUCAGUGCAUUGAGCUCCGCGACUUCGACAUUGGACAUGCAAUGGUGUUUGAGGACGAUGACAGCACUGGUGUCGAUGCGACAAUUGAACUGGGCGAAAUAACGAAAUCGGACAACACCAUCAGCGCCCGAUUUGGGUUCCACUCCACGGCAAGCAACGAUGCCCUGGCCAUGAACACUCAUGCCAGCUGCCGAGUUAUCGUCGUUCUGUGUGAAAGUGACGCCAAUCUCCUGCCGCCGAAGCCGCAAGAUGAAGACGAAUUUUUGUUGUUAGAUGUCGAAGAAGACCGAUUCUACAACAACCUCGAUGGCCUCGGCUUUGGGUACUCGGGGCCUUUCCGCGCCCUUCGGGGACUGAGACGCCGGCUUGGCUAUGCUGAGGGUCUCAUCCAGAAUCCGGCUUCAACAGUCGACAUCAACGUCCAACCGCCGUUACUGGUCCAUCCAGCUACACUGGACUCGGGCAUUCAGUCCAUCAUGAUGGCUUACUCAUACCCUGGGGAUACCAUGCUGCGCUCCGUCUACGUUCCCACGCGAUUUGAGCGCAUCCUUGUCAACCCGACACUCUGCGCUGAUUUCGCCGGCCAACCUGUCAAGGUGCCGUUCGAUUCGAUCGCAUUCACAGGUGCCGCAAAGAGUGUGACGGGCGACAUCAACAUCUACUCACCUCGAGGGCCGACCUUCAAGGCUCUGCAGCUCGAGGGUCUUCAGACUCGACCACUUUCUGAUCCCACUCAGUCCGACGGCAUUAACAUCUUCACCGAGAUGUCCUGGAAUGUCGCUAAACCCGACGCAGAGACGGCUAUCGCAACGACAUUGGUCCCGCCCCUAGAUGGCGAGUUCUUCUUCGCACUCGAGCGUGUUGCUUACUAUUAUCACCGCGUCCUUGGCCGCGCUUUUCCCUCCUACGAGCGCGAGAACUUGGAAUGGAACUUCAAGCGAUUACUCGAGUACAACGACUAUGUCCUGAACAGCGUCGCUACGGGGACAAAUCCGUUCGCCAAAAACGAGUGGAAGCAUGACACCGAGGAGAUUAUCAACGAGAUCCUCGACAAGUACCCUCAAAGCGCUGACCUUAGGCUUAUGCGCGCCGUCGGUGACAACAUUGUAGCCGUGGCCCGGAAGGAGACCACCAUGCUCGAGCACAUGAUUCAAGACAACAAGCUCAAUAACUUCUACGAGUUUGGAGAGGGCUUUCCCCGGUACACUUCGUACCUAGCUACUUUUGCCGGCCAGGUUGCCCACCGAUAUCCUCACAUGAAGGUUCUCGAGAUCGGUGCCGGGACGGGUGGUGCUACGAAGGCCGUUCUCAGGGAAGUGGGUGACCAGUUCUCUAGGUACGACUUCACCGAUAUCUCAGGCGGAUUCUUCGAGAAGGCGUCCAGGGUCUUUUCGCCAUACAAGUCCAAGAUGAACUUCAGAGUCUUGGACAUAGAGAAAGAUCCUUUGGCACAGGGCUUCGAAGAAGGGUUGUACGACCUCAUUGUGGCAUCCCUUGUGCUCCACGCCACCCGCAACCUGGCGGAGACCAUGGUCAACGUCCGCAAGCUGCUUAAGCCGGGCGGUUAUCUGUUGCUGCUUGAGAUCACAGAAAACGAGCAGAUGCGAUUCGGUCUCCUCUUUGGCGGUCUUCCUGGAUGGUGGCUUGGAGCCGAUGACGGUCGCGUCUUGUCCCCGUGCAUCGAUCUUGAGGCAUGGGACAAUGUUUUCAAACAGACUGGAUUUUCCGGAGUUGAGACCGUUGUCCCACACCACGACACUCUCCCAGUUCCGCUGUCCGUUAUCGUGGCGCAAGCAGUCGACAGCAAGGUCGAGUUCCUGAAACAGCCCUUGAGCCAAUCUUUAGAGGCCAAUGUCAUCCCUCGGCUGACAAUUAUUGGCGGUGGAUCUGAAAGCUCAGCGCUGGCUUUCGAAGUGCAAAGGCUUCUCUUCACGCACUAUGGUGCCAUCCGGUUCGUCGAGUCACUGCACAGUCUCCAGGACGGCGACUUGGAUGUUGGUGGCAGCGUUCUGUGUCUGGCCGAUAUAGAUGGUCCCGUGUUGAAAUCGAUCGAUGCGACCAAGCUUCGUGGCUUCCAGGAAGUCUUUCAGCAAUCCAAGCAUGUUCUUUGGGUUACUAGAGGCGUUCGUGACGGAGACCCCUACGCCAGAAUGGUUGUCGGAUUCGGAAGGACGAUUGUGCUUGAGAUGCUGCACUUGCGACUUCAGUUCCUUGACCUUGACACCACAGCGAUACUCAGCCCCUAUGCCAUUGCCGAGGCGAUGCUCCGGUUUGACGUGGCAGGGUCCUGGGAUGAGAGCGGCGACAUGGCAUACUCUCUGCUGCACUCUCACGAGCCUGAGGUGUUCCUCGACGCUAGUGGUAAACUCUUUGUCCCUCGCUUUAAGCACAAUACCGACAUGAACAAUCGCUACAAGUCGGGAAGGGGCACGGUCAAAGACCUGGUCAACACCGAAACUUCAACAAUUGAGCUCCGUCAUCAAAUUGACAGCAAAACAUGGGAGCUUAUGGAAGUUGACGCUCAACCUACUCAUCAAUCAUGGUUCUCACGAGAUCAUCUUGUCGACGUGGAUGUCACCUACACUGUCAACCGAUCCGUGGCCAUAGCCAAGGACUGCUUUCUCUUCCCUGUCCUAGGGAAGGACACUCGCACUGGAGACUCUGUCCUGGCGUUGACUCCGAGCUUGGCGUCCAAGGUCUCUGUUCCAAGGUCAUUUGUUCUCUACGGGAUCCCCUUCUCAGAGGACCAAGGGGCCAAGAUUGUCGAGAUGUUCUACUCAGAGCUAGUCGCCCGCGCGGCCUUGGGCAAUGAAAGCCUGUCCGGCACUCAGAUUAUCCUGAUUGAGCCCUGGAAUCACUUGGCUGAGUCGGUGAACAGGCUGGCAACUGACAAGAGGGCUAGUGUUCUGUGUCUGACAUGCAAACCCGACACCAAGUGGACUCAUGUUGGGCCCCGGACGUCCAAGUUGGCAAUUCAGCACCUCAUCAAGUCCGAUACGACGCCCGAAGCCAACUACUGUGUCAUGGACAUGGCUGACGACGGGAAUGUCACUAUGGCAAUCUCCGACUUCUUGCCACCGGCCCAACGCCGCAUCGUCCGAAAGGCCGAUCUCACUGGCUCUGCUGCCCACCUACCGACGCGCGACUGUUCGAGAGACAUUCGAACUGUUCUAGCUGAUGCCUCUAGUUAUGUCUUGGACAGCCGAAGGAUGACAACGAGCAUUCAUGGACCAGCCGAGCCAGCUCUCGCUGUCCUGUCACCCACAGAUGUGUCCGGCCCGGAAUCUCCUGCAGAGUUUGUCGUUUCUUGGCAAUCUUUGACGAACAAGGUUCCCGUUUCUGUAGAACCCGUUGAAACCAAGGUUCGUUUCCAGAGCGACAAGACGUACUGGCUGGUUGGUCUCACUGGUGGCCUCGGUCUUUCGCUGUGUGCCUGGAUGGUGCGACAAGGCGCUCGUCACAUUGCCUUAAGCAGCAGAAACCCCAAGGUCGACGCGGGAUUCUUGUCCAAGAUGCGUGGGAAGGGUGUCAGCAUCGAACUGCUUGCUGUCGACGUUGUUGACCGUGAUUCUGUCCAAAAUGCACACAAGACCAUUGAAAGGACCAUGCCAGCGAUUGCUGGAGUUGCUCAAGGCGCCAUGGUGCUUCACGACACCAUGUUUUCCGAGCUUGACAUGGAGCGCGUGGAGAAGGUCACGAAGCCCAAGAUUCAAGGCAGUUUGCAUCUUGAAGAAAUAUUCCACGACGCAGAUCUGGACUUUUUCGUCUUCUUCUCUUCGAUGGCAUCCAUCGUCGGCAAUCCGGGCCAGUCGGCCUACGCCGCGGCCAACAUGUUCAUGUCUGGUCUUGCUACCCAGCGCAGACGCCGAGGACUCAACGCCUCAGCCGUUCAUAUCGGAGCCAUUUUCGGCAACGGGUACGUCACGAGAGAGCUGACACUCCCCCAACAGGAAUACCUGAAGAGGGUAGGAAACCAGUGGCUCUCGGAGCAGGACUUCCAUACCCUCUUUGCCGAGGCUGUCUAUGCCGGGCAAGCCCACCGCGGCAAGAACCCCGAGCUCGCUACAGGCUUGAUGACCAUCGAUGACAGCGACGACUUUGGGAAGAACGUCACAUGGUUCAACAACCCCAUGUUUCAGCAUUGCGUGAGAACAGCACAGAAUCAGGGACAGGCAGUGGACUCUGGCAAGAGCCGUCGCCGAGUCCAAGCCAAAGUUCUGCUUCAAGAGGCCGUCAGCUCAGAUGAUAUCCGCGAGAUUAUCUACGACGCCUUUGCAGCCAAGUUGCAGGACGCUCUGCAAGUCGAGGAGGGCCGAGCUGUGGGCAGCUUGACAGCAGACAAUCUUGGAAUUGACUCUUUGGUCGCGGUUGACAUCCGCUCCUGGUUCAUCAAGGAGUUCCAGGUCGAGGUUCCAGUCCUAAAAAUUCUUAGCGGCGCCACCGUUGACGACAUCAUCGCCCAAGCCCAGAAGCUGCUGUCGAAGGAUCUGAUCCCCAAGUUUGAUGCGAACGCAACAGGCUUGUCCAAGCCUCGAGAGAAGGUCACAACUGCGGUACCGACAGAGGUGAAGGAUACCCCGGUGGUGACCCCGAAACCAACAGCAACGGCGCCGAAGGCUGAUUCGUUCAAGCCCAAGGCCGUGAGCAAGCCUGGGAUGUCUGCUUUUCCAUCGAAUAAGAUGGAGAAGAAGGACACCAAGCCUACAAUCUCCUUCAACUUGCCGAAGCAACAACCACCAAAGGAAGAGACACGGACGCAGGUGAUUCCGAAACAAGACCCGGUUGCUCCGCCUCAGUUAUCGCCUUCAACACCCGCCAAGUCCAUCUGGUCACCCACCACAGACGUCAGGUCUAGCAUUGACUCUGUGAUGUUCGACAAAUCCACAACAAUAUCUGUUCCUGACUCUCCGGCAAGUUCCAUGUCGACUCCGAUGUCCAACGUCGACAAGCCCGAGGCUGCAUGCCAACAACUUUACCACACCACAUUCCGUACUCUUGCGGAGCCCGAUAUUUGCAAGUAUCUCGCGCAAAACAAUGCGGUUGCCAGCGCCGGUACCCAGGUUACCAAGAGCGUUCCCAUCUCCUUCGCUCAGUCAAGAUUCUGGUUCCUGCAACAUCUCCUGGACAAUCCUGCGUCGGCUCUCAACAUCACCAUGGCCAUUGACCUUCGGGGCCCGUUGAACAUUCAGAAGCUUGAGAGAGCGGUCUCGUCUGUAGGUCAGCGACACGAGGCACUUCGCACCAGGUUCACGGCCAGCAAGAACUCGGAAGGUGUUGUGCAAGAGGUCCUCGCUGGAUCGUGCCUGAGCCUUGAGGUCUACGAGAUCAACGACGCCGGCCAUGCUGAGCAGUUUUACAAGGCGCUGGCCGAGCACAAGUACCGGCUCGACCAGGGUGAGAACAUGAGAAUCAUUCUUCUCAGGAUGAUGCCAACAUCAUACCGCCUUCUCAUUGGUUAUCAUCACAUCAACAUGGAUGGCGUCAGUCUUGAAGUAGUUCUGCGAGAGCUGCAACUCGGUUACGACGGUCAAAACCUAUCACCUGCACGAAAUAUCAUGCAGCACCCCGAUUUCUCCAAGCAUCAGCGAUUGGACUACGAUUCAGGACGCUGGUCUGAGGAUCUUGCCUUCUGGCGCAACGAGUUCAGAGGCCAGCCCCCUCCGGUGCUCCCUCUUCUUCCCUUGGCUAAGGCACAAUCCCGCGUGCCUCUGACCACGUACUCGACAACCACGACCGAGUUCUACCUUGACGAGGAAACUUCGACCAGUAUCCAGUCAACCUGCAAGAUGCUCAAAGUUUCACCCUUCCAUUUCCACCUUGCCGUCUUCUACACGCUCUUGGCUCGGCUGGUCGACGUUGAUGAGCUUUGUAUCGGCGUUAGCUCAGCAAACCGACAAAGCCCCGAGGCCAUGGAGAGUGUCGGCUUGUACCUGAACCUUCUUCCCCUUCUCUUCAAAGUCGACCGAAACAACACCUUUGCGAACGUCCUCAAGCUAGUCCGAACAAAGGCCCUCAACGCUUUCAGCCAUGCGAUGGUGCCAUUCGAUGUCAUCGUCAAGGAGCUCGGCGUCGCAGGAACUACUUCGCACAGUCCGAUCUUCCAGGCAAUGGUCAACUACCGCCCAGGAGUAUCGGAUGCUCGCCAGUUCUGCGACUGCGAAAGUGAGAUUUUGACAUUCAAGCAGGGCGACGUGGCGUAUGAUCUGACGUUGGACAUCAUCGAGAAUCCUGGGGGUGCAUGUCGUAUCAUGCUCAGCGGCCAGUCGGUCUUCUAUGGCGAGUCAGAAAUGACACGCAUGAAGAGCAUGUACUUGGAGCUUGUGAACUCCGUCUCUCGCAACCCGGCAACUCGAUUGAGUGCUGCUCCUAUCUACCGUUCAGAAGAUAUCAAGGCGGCCAUUGAACUUGGACGAGGACCCUUCCAAAAGCCGAAGUGGCCAACGACCCUCGUACAUAGGAUUGACGACAUGAUCGAGCGCUUCGGCGACAGAAUUGCCGUUAAAGACGGCCAGGCAACCGGCAUCACUUAUCGGGAAAUGUCACGAAGGAUCGGGACCGUCAGCAACGCUUUGAGCAAACAUUGUACCCGCCCCAUUGGCAUCAACAGCAAAGUCGGAGUCCUCCUCGAUCCCAGCUUCGAUUGGAUUUGCUCGAUGCUGGCCGUUCUUCGCCUGGGAGCAACAUAUGUACCUCUCGACAUCACCAUCGGCUGGGAAAGACUAUCGUCCAUUGUGCGGGAUUGCGAACCGGAUCUGGUUCUGGUAAACAAUCGAACAGAGCUCGAGGCUAAUAACCUGCAGCACACCAUUUCAUCUGAGCAGCUGGUCAAUGUCGAAGCUUUCGCGACGGCCUUGAACCAACGCGCGGGCCCCAUCGCAGCCCAGUCAGACCUUGUUGCGGCCCUCAUGUACACCAGCGGCUCGACGGGUGUGCCUAAAGGGAUUGUCAUGAAGCACGAAUCUUUUCGCAACACUGUUGAAGUGUUGACGGAGAUGGUGUCUUACCGCGAGGGACAAGAAACUUCACUCCACCAGAGUUCCUACAGCUUCGAUAUGUCUCUCAGUCAGAUCUUCUUGGCCCUUUCAAACGGAGGUACGGUCCACGUUGUUCCAAGGGAGCUACGCGGCGAUCCGGAGGCCAUUUCUUCAAUCAUCGCCAAAGAGGGCAUCACAUUCACGACGGCUACCCCGUCUGAGGCCAUCAGCUGGAUCAAUUACGGAGAUUCCGCAGCGCUCGGGAAGUCGUCCUGGAGAAAGUUGUUGAGUGGCGGCGAGCCAGUCAAGGAAAGUCUGACCAGGAGCUUGCGGAAGGUUGAUAAUCCAGAUCUGGAGCUGGUUGACUGUUAUGGCCCUACAGAAAUCACGUUUUGCUGCAGUACCAGGGUGGUAGACUACCGCCUCGACACAAUUCCCAGUACCGAAGCGGAAGGGUUCAAGACUUGGCCUAACUACUCUGUAUACAUCCUCGAUGCCAACCGAAAGGUUGUUCCUACCGGAGUUCUCGGUGAGAUCGCCGUCGGCGGCGCGGGUGUUGUCGCUGGAUACAGCCACCGCGAGCUCAACAACGUUGGCUUCGCUCAAGACGCCUGGGCCUCUUCAGAGUUCUCACAGAGUGGCUGGAAUCGACUGCAUGUGACUGGAGACACAGGCAAGCUCAACCCGACCGACGGUGCGCUCAUUCUCGGUGGAAGAAUUGCGGGAGACACCCAGAUCAAGCUUCGAGGCAUGCGCAUCGACGUUCGUGAGAUCGAGUUAGCCAUCAUGCAAGCCGCCGAGGGCAGCAUCUCAGACGUGGUGGUGGCCGCCCGCGAGUCCAAGGCCACCGGUGCCAGUUCCUUGCUUGCAUUCGCCCUGACAGCCGGUUCACAAGCAUCUCAGGACCUUAGCCGCGUUCUGGCUCGACUUCCUUUGCCCGGAUACAUGCGUCCAGCAGCCAUCAUUCCUCUCAAUGAGUUCCCCAAGAAUCCUUCCGGCAAGGUCGAUAGGAUCGCUUUGAAGAACAUCCCGCUACCUAAGGCACAAGAGUUGGAGAUUCAAUCUGCGGGUCAUGGUGAUGAUAAUCUCAACGACAUCGAAUCACAGCUGCUGCAGCUCUGGUCACAGCUCAUAUUACUCGAGGUGCUCUCGCAGUACCAGAUCACCAAGGAAUCCAACUUCUUCCACGUCGGCGGGAGUUCUAUUCUGCUCGUCCAAUUACGAGCGCUGAUAGAGAACUCUUUCGGCACAAAGGUCACCCUGUUCCAGCUAUUUGAAUCAGGUACGCUGGCAGGCAUGGCGGCAGUCAUCGCCUCACUCUCGUCCGCUUCCUCGGAGACACCAGCACAGGUCAUCACCACCACUGAGAUAGACUGGGAGAAGGAAACCAGCAUCUCUCCUGACCUGCUCCGUGUGCGCGGUGAGCGAUUCUACUUCGGAAACCCGACCGUUGUUGUACUCACGGGAGCCACCGGCUUCCUUGGUCGAGCCAUCCUGACACGCCUGCUCGAAGAUAGCGUCGUCGAGAAGAUCCACUGUCUCGCCGUACGUCGGGACAUCCAGGACGAGAUUUUCCGCUCGCCGAAGGUCGUCGUGCACCACGGAGAUCUAGCGGCUCCGCACUUUGGUCUAUCGGAGAAGAAGCUUUCCGACAUCUUCUCCAAAGCACACGCCGUGAUCCACAAUGGGGCUGAUGUUUCCUUCAUGAAAUCUUACGCCACCUUGAAGCCGGUCAACUUCGAGACCACAAAGAAGCUCGUGCGUCUCAGUUUGCCGCGCCGAGUUUCCUUCCAUUACAUCUCAUCGGCUAGCAUCGUCCAACUCACGGGACAAGAGACCUGGGGUGCCGAGUCCGUCAAGCUUUACCCGCCACUUGCAAGCAGGAACAUCAGCGGAUACAUCGCGACCAAGUGGGCCAGUGAGCGAUACCUUGAGAAGAUCAGCGAUCAGUGCGACUUGCCCAUCUGGAUUCACCGUCCCUCUUCCAUCAAGGGGGUGGGCGCACCGGCGGGCGACCUGAUCUCCAAUCUGCUGCAUUAUUCGAGAGACAUCAAAGCCAUGCCCGACGUCAGCUCCUGGAACGGUUGGCUGGACUUCAUCACGGUGGAGGGCGCGGCUAUGCAAGUCGUAGAUGAGGUUUACAAGGAUUACUAUUGGCCAGGCCGGGUCGCAUAUCUCUACAAGAGUGGCGAGGAGAUUGUUCCGUUGACGGACCUUAAGGCCACGCUUGAGCUCGAUACCGGAUGUGAGUUUGAGGUGAUGGCGAUGGAUGAGUGGGCGACACGAGCUGAGUCCAGAGGAAUGAGCGUGCUGCUUGGCGAGUAUUUACGUGGCGCGGCUAAUGCGCCCGUUACGCUGACGAUGUUGCAAAAGGAAGAAGCCUGGCUUUGA